CCCCGCCGAGGACGGCUCCGGACCCUGAAUACCUGGAGGAGAUGCCUGCUUGGGGUCCCUGCUGCUCACCAAGGCCCUUCCAUGGGUAGCUUCACCACUGCGGGGGCCCAGAAGAGAACAGCUGACGAUGGAUAGCCCUCCCAAGCUCACUGGAGAGACCCUGAUCGUCCACCACAUUCCCCUGGUGCAUUGCCAGGUCCCCGACCGACAGUGCUGCCCCUCCAGCAAAAGGACCAACCCCUUUUGCCAGGCAGACCUGGGGGUGGUGCGGACCAGCUCCCAACGGGAGCAGGACCUCCUGCAGACCGACUCCUUGGUCUACAGCAGCUGUCUACAGCAGCUGGCCUCCGAGGCUGAUCUGACCCUGGCCCCGGAGGACAAAGAGGACAACGCCCCCAAGGACCCGGCCCUCUCCGGCACCCACAAGCGGCAGAAUCCCUUCGUGCUGAGUGCAAAGGAGGCCCAGGACCUCUACGAAGAUGACCCACUGGAGCAGAAAUCCUUCCAUCUGCACAGCAGCAAGCCUGCCUUCCGCCUGCAUGAGAUGACGCUGCCGCCGUUCCGCCUGCACGACACCAAUCCGGUGGUGAAGCCGUGGAGCGCCACCAGCCGUCUGGACGUGGCCGAGGGCCAAGAGGACAAGCUGACUAGUGACGACCUUCAGACAAGGAACCGCCUCGCCCCAGAGAGCAUGGAGCUGGAUGAGUACAGUUGCCACCAUGAGGACGCCACCACCUUCUCCUUUGACCAGGAAUGGGCCAACGACUCAGACGAACUGAUGCCCCACCAGGAGGCGAGCUGCAGCCGGACGUGCAGCUGCUCCAGCUCAGAGUUCCAGCGUUGCCGGUGCUACAGCCUCUCGAGCCAGUCCGAGCCGCCGGACCAGCAGAUGGGCUACAUCAGCGACUCCUCCUGCAACAGCUCCGAUGGGGUCCUGGUGAACUUCAGUGCCCUUUACAACAAGAUGAACGGCCACGCCCAUCCCAACCUGAACUCGGGCCCCCUGUCCUGCGACGACGACUCCUCCUCCGGCAGCCACUCGGACACGGGAGCCUUUUACCUGGACCUCCACUCCUCGCCCAGGGACUCCAAAAUGUCCUGCGAGUCCCACGACCCGGACGGCUCAGGGAAGGCCUGCGGCUGCCGCCACCCCUCUUCCCCCGUCUUGGAUGCCAACUGCAACUCCUACCCGCCACUCUGUGACCCGUGCGCCUCGGAGGGCUCCGACCUCACCGCCUGCUUCCAGAGCCAAGCGCGGCUCGUGGUGGCCACCCAGAACUACUACAAGCUGGUCACCUGCGACCUGUCUUCCCAGUCUUCUCCGAGCCCGGCCGGCUCGUCCAUCACCAGCUGCUCGGAGGAGCCCGCCAAAGGCAGCCCGCUGGUCCAGCCGACGGAAUACUACCUGUUCCAGCAGCCGGGGCCCCCGCCGGGGGAGAGCGACACGGAGGGCUCCCGGGCGGAGUCCCAGGGGGAGGCCGAGAAAGAGGCCCUCGAGGGCCAGCUCUACGUCAACGUCUCCCCUCCCUGCCUCUCUGGGGGGAGGCAGCGCUCCCGCAGCUACGACCGCAACCUGGACCGCAGCCCCACAGGCCGCCUGGGAUCCCUGGAGCGCAUGUUGAGCUGCCCGGUCAAGCUGAGCGAGACCCCCGGCGUGGCGGCCCAGAGCUCCCCGCCCAAGCGGGUCACCUCUUUCGCCGAGCUGGCCAAGGGCCGGAAGAAGAACGGCUCCUCCCCGCCGCUCCGGGCCAGCAGGGACUCGUCCCUGGAGUUCUCCCCCAUCCCAGAGUGCCAGAAGGACAGCGCCGCCUUCCUGAACGACUGGGCGGCCCGGCACUGCCACAGCCUCCCGCCCAUGCCCUUGGCCCACUCCCUCAACCGCAGCUGCGAGAACAACCCCGGCUCCGAACGUGGGACGGCUGCCCCCCGGAAGGACGGCCUGGCCUCCGGGGAGGUGCCCGAGCAGCCCUUUUUCUCGGUGGCAACAGAGACGGGGGCCGGCGUUGGCCACAAAGACAUUCGGGCCAGAGCUGAUGGCGGUGCAGCCGAGGGCAAGGUGGUGCGCUACAGCAAGGACCAGCGCCCCACCACCCUGCCCAUCCAGCCCUUCGUCUUCCAGCACCACUUCCCCAAGCAGUCCAAGGCCCGGGCGCUGCACAGCCACUUUGCCCUGGGCAGCUACUCCCCCGUGCGGAGCCACGUCCCUUUUUUCCAAGGCCGGGACCCUUCCUCCUCCUCCGGCUCCCCGACCCCCGAGAGCCACCCGCCCCGGAGCAGGUCCUGCCCAGUCUCAGCCAACCUCCUGCCCGCCACCAGGCCCUCUCCGGCCACGGGGAGCCAUGCUUCCAAUGUCGGCACUCGCGUGGACGCCCUGCACAAAAAGGAGAGCCCCCCGCCGGUCUCCGGGAAAGAAGGGCCGCAGGAACUGAAGUACGAGCAUCCGGUCGGUUCCCUGGCCCCCGUGUUGUCGUGCGGACGGAGCUUGGCCAGAGCCGGGGGCCACCCGGAGCCCCAGUGGAAGGGCAGCUGCAGCGAGGCCAUCGGCGGGGGACCCCUGAGCGCCAUGCUCUCCCGGCCACUCAACGCCAACCACCUCUCUCCGCAAGCGCUCAAGUGGCGGGAGUACCGGCGAAGGAACCCCCUGGGACUGGAUCGUGUCUCAGGGCUGACGGGCAGCCUGGACCAGAAGCAGCAGGAGGGGCGGCUCCCCCCCUGGAGGAACCCCAUCUUUGAGUUCCCGGGUGCCUUGAACAUGGGGCGCUCCAGCUGCAGGCUCAAUGGACACUCGGUGAGACCACCGCCCCUCAACUACUUUGACUUCUUCCCGGACUAUUUCUCCUUGGCUGAAAAGCCCCCGGCCGAAUUCUGCCUCUCCCCGGAUGGCAACACGGAGUCCAUCUCGGUUGAUCUGGCGCAAAAGAAAGGUCUUGUCAAGGCGGUCAACAUGGCUGUGGAUUUAAUCGUGGCACAUUUUGGGACCAGCCGAGAUCCUAGGGUGAAGGCCAAACUAGGAAAUAGCUCAGUAAGCCCCAAUGUGGGCCACCUCAUCCUGAAAUAUCUGUGCCCAGCCAUUCGGGACAUCCUGAGCGAUGGGCUCAAGGCUUAUGUGCUGGACGUGAUCAUCGGCCAGAGACGGAACAUCCCCUGGAGCGUCGUGGAGGCCUCCACCCAGCUGGGUCCCUCCACCAAGGUCGUGCAUGCCCUCUACAGCAAGGUCAGCCAGUACCCAGAACUCACCAGCCACACCAUGCGCUUCAAUGCGUUCAUCUUUGGACUGCUCAACAUCAGGUCCCUGGAGUUCUGGUUUAAUCACCUCUACAACCAUGAAGACAUCGUCCAGGGGCACUACCAGCCGGUGGGCUUCCUGCCCCUCUCGCACGGGGUCUGCCAGGGCCUCUUUGAGGAGCUGCUGCUCCUGCUCCAGCCACUCUCCCUCCUGCCCUUCAGCCUGGACCUCCUCUUUGAGCACCGCCUGCUGCAGAUGGGCAAGGAGCAGCAGCAGCAGAAGGAGCUGCUCCGCGUCAAGCGGGAUCUGGCCCUCUCGGCCCACUCCACCCUCCAGCUCAUGCGGACCCAAGGGAGCAGCCCAGAGAGGAUCUGCGAGGCCUGGGGGGGCUCCGGCCGGGACCCCCGGGCUCAGGCUCUGCAGGCCACCGCAGCCUUGGCGAGAGAAGGAGCCAGAAGCAGAGCCAAGGGCGAGGGCGCCCCCUCUGAAGGGGCAGAACGAAGGGAGGACGCGGGCAGCGACGGGCAGCCGCAGGAGGCCCUGCAGGGCGGCGCUGAGCCCAAGAAGGACAAGCAGGCCAGCUGGUGGUAUCAGCUGAUGCGGAGCUCCCAGGUCUACAUCGAGGGCUCGGCGGAGGGCGCCCGCUUCGUUCGCUACGAGCAGAGGAAGAAAGUGGGGGCUGCCUCCAGGCAGGGGGUACCCAAAAAGGGGCCUCCUCCCCGGGAAGGAGUGGUGGAAGGGGCGGAGGCCUGCCCCAUCACCGAGGGCCCCGUCACGGACCGGCCGCCAAGGGAGGCGGACAAGCCGGCGGGAGAGCCCGUGCCGAAGGAGGAGCCCCCGGCCAAGGGGGAAGCGAAAGAGAAGGGCCACCCCUUCUGGAUGGGCAGCCCACCCGACUCGGUGCUGGCCGAACUGAAGCAGGUGGCGGAGGAGGAGAGUGGCUCAGCCCCGAAGCCGGCCGGGAGCCUGGAGGGGAGCAGCUCCAGCGCCCUGGAGGGGAGCCUGCCCAAGUGGGGGCACCUCUUUGGCUCCAGGAAGGCGCCCAAGGACCCCAAGCAUGCCAGCCGGCUACCAUCCGGCUGGCUGAGCUUGGAUCGCUCCGUGUUCCAGCUGAUGGCCCAGACCGUGGGCGCCAGCGUGUGGAGAGAGGCUGCCUCCCAGCCUGAGAGGCUGGUGCCAGGCGUGCCCCCUUUGCGCCCCAGACAGCAGCAGCAGCAGCAACGGAGGCCGCCUGACCGGAGCGCAGCCCUCGAGGCUUCGUGCUAAGUGAAGGCCCUCUGCCACCACCUUGCCUCGGAGGCCGGUCACCUGAGCUUCAAGAAGGGCGACGUCCUGCAGGUCAUGGGCAAAGUCGAUGCGGACUGGCUGCGGUGCAGUCGUGGGGCCGAGAGCGGGCUAGUGCCCAUCAUGUACGUCACCCACCGGGAGGACGAGGACUACUGACUGGCUGACCGGGGGGCUGCCCGCUCUGGACAGGGAAGCUCGGACCCCCCGAGCCCAGCCGGCCAGCGGACGAGAUCCCGGCGGGCAGCAGGACGGAAGGACGGCCUUGCUCUCCUGCCCUCGGGCUCCUGGUUGCGCAGGGAACUCUGUCGCUGUAGCUCUUCUCUUUCCGACCAACCCCUUCUUCCUCAGGGGCCGCCCCCUCAUUCCUGGGGGGCUGGGGGCUCUCCUCCUGUUGCCAAGUGUGACCACCAUGCAUGCCUCCUCCAUUGCCUUCCUCCUCCUUCUCUACCGGGGAGCCCUCCUUGGACCAUUUCCAUCCUCCUGGAGACUUUGGCCCCUGCAUGCCACCUGCCACCCCGGACAUUGCUGGGACUCUUGAGGCGCAGGCAGUCCAGACCCCGAGCCCUCCUUGGCAUGGGCUUCCACCAGGCUCUGAUCCCAGCAUAUCUUUAUCCCUCUUCCGUCAGAGUGGGUGGGUGGGCCACCCCGCUCCGGGCCAUUGCAGGUGGAUGGUCUGGAAGCCCUGGGCUGGGGGUGUCCCUUGGAAGUGCGGGUGAAUGGAGGCGAAGGGCACCUUGAGGUUCCCGCCCAGGGGCCGACGCAGGAGGGGGUGCCCGUGCUGCUGGGGUCAGGGGUCAAAGGCAGGUGAGACAAGCGCAGCACCUCCAGGACCCUUGGCUCCAAUGAGGAGGAGGAAGGGGGGUGACAGUCUCCCCCAAGCAGGGGGACGAGUCCUUUGGCCUUGGUGGGUAUUGGGCUUUGGGGUGGGAUGGGGAGGGGGGACUGGUGGUGUUAGAAGUAGCUUAUCUCUGGGAAUCACCCCCAGAGGGGAAGAGGGAAUGGGGUGGCCUUGCUGGAGAGGGGGAGGGAGGGGGCAGUGCUCCCAACCACAGGGGACCACCUGCUCACGUCCUGGGCCACAGGAUUUCAGUGGACGUCAUGGCACAGAAGAGAUCGGGGGGGGGAAUCCCCAGGCACAAGCAGGGCAGUGCUGGCAAAACUGCCUGCCACAAAUUGGGGACGGGGGCUAGAAACCUCACUGUCCCCUUUCUGCGCUGUCUUCUCCCUGAGUUUGUGUGUGUGUGUGUGUGUGUGUGUGUGUGUGUGAGAGAGAGAGAGAGAGAGAUGGGCAGGAGGAUGGCCUGGCCUCCAUGUCCUUCCCUGACCUGUCGUGCAGCCAGUGUGUGUGUGUGUGUGUUGGGGGGGCGUUAUGAUCGCAAAGACCUGACAGUAUUUCGGGGUGGGAGGUGGGGGGCUUGGCUGGGGUCUUCUGGCCUUUUCCACUCAGAGGGAAGAGGUUUCCUCCUGUGUGUACAUAACAGCUCUUGCAGAAGUGGCGCUGUAUUUAAUUUGUACUUCUGGCAUUAGAACAGGGUGUCUUGCCUUUAUUUAUUUCUUUAUUUAUGAUGCAUAUUAAUUAAUAAAAGAGGUGCUGAUUAAAAGCUGCCCUCUACAGCGGG